AUGUCGGAAAUUGUACCGGAAAAACAACUGGAUGAUGGUAUAUCACCUAGCGCCAGUAACGGUACUAAUACAAACAAUCCAUUAAAUAACACGGGUCAACAAAUCUCCAAACCAGAAGAAUCUAACAAAAAACCCAAAGUCACUAGAAGAUCCGUAGCAUGCAAAAGCUGUCAUUCUUUAAAAGUGAAAUGCACACCCUCAGAUCCUAAUAAUCCCAGUGCCCCCUGUGUUAGAUGUAUUAAUGCAAAUAGAAUUUGUGAAAUAGAUUUAAAUCAAACCAGAAAAAGAAGAAAGAAAUCAGAAAUCUUGGAAGCGAAAAGACAAGCAGGACAGAGUUUAUCAGAAAAUAAAAGAGAGAAAAAGACGUCCACUCAAUCGGGUUACAAUAGUUCUGACAGUUAUAGUAGCAGCAUUAGAAAUACAAACGAUCCCCUGUUAACAUCAAGAUAUCAUUCGCCAAUGACUUUUGAUCCCACGUCUCCUAUGGUAUUCAGGCCUCAAGCUGGUUCUGCUGUUCCUCCAAUUCCAAGUAAUCUCAAUCCAGUUUCAACGGCACCUACUCCAACACCAACACCAGGCGUCCCUCCUCCUCAAUUACCUUCGCCACAUGAUUCGGCAUUAUUAAGAGGAAACACCACCUCUCCAAUGUCAAAAGAUGAUGAAAUCAACCAAUUAAAACAGAGAAUACGGGUUUUAGAGAUUGAGCUAGCUAAUAAGCGUUUACUCGCUAAUAGGAAAGGUUUUAGUACUGACUCACCAACAGACUUGCAAUCUCCACCCUUUAUUUCCAAAUUCGAUUUAGAGAGUGAAGUAAGCAUUUUAGCAGAAUCGUCUGCUAAAUUAACUGAUUUGACUAAUCAAUUGAAUGAAGCAGCAUCAAGGAGGAUCCAAUUGGUUUCUGCCAAGAAGCCGGUGGACUUGAUUUCAAAGGGGGUAAUCACUGUUGCCGAGGCUGAGGAGAGAUUAAAACUUUAUCGUGAACAGAUAUAUGGCCGACAUCCAUUAAUUGCAAUACCCGAUAACAUGCACGCUGAAGAAUUUCUGCAAAGUCAACCGUUUUUAUUCAAUAGUAUCAUGUCUGCUUGUAACUUGAUUACUAAAAAUGCCGAUAAAGAUGUUGUUUUAGCAAUUGACAACGAAGCAAUGACCUCCGUUGCGGUAGAAGUAAUGGUUGUCGGUACAAAAUCAGUUGAGCUAGUGAAAGCCUUUCUGGUAUUAUGUUUGUAUUAUAACUCACCUGAGUUAUUCAAACAACGUCGGUAUCACAUGUUGAAUACAAUAUGUGUUUCAUUGUUACAUGACGUGGGAAUCUUUGCUAGACCGACUUAUUCAUUCAACCAAGCUGAAGGAACACUUAAGCAAGACAUUGGUUCUAAAGACAAAGGUAAUGACGAAUACCGUGAAUUGGUUUUAAUUACUUAUUUUGUCACCGUAAGCACAUGUCUUGUGUUGCGGAGAUCUAUUUAUGCCAGAUGGACACCAUAUGUCGAAGAAUGUUGUUCUCUUCUCGAAAACUCUCCACAAGAGAAACAUAGACGGUUGGCGCUAUUUGCUCGAAUGAAUAAUAAGUUGGAUAAAAUCCAUCACAUUGUCCAUGCACCGGAAAUGCCAGGACGGAAAUCGGGAGCAUCACAAUAUGUUAUCCAGGAAUUGCAACGUUUAUUAUCCGAAUUGAAAUUGAAAAUCAAAGACAAUCAACAUGCAUUAUUAUCGUACUAUUAUUCUGUUGAGGCAUAUUUACAUGAACCGAUAUUGACUAAAGUUUUCAAAAGCGAUACUGAACUCGAUGGGAAGGCAAUGAAAUCGAUAUGCUACUGCACAAGCUCGUGUUUAAAUGCAUUAGACGAGUAUAGUAAGUUAACUCCUGACCAAGUUGCAUUAUUGCCGUUCCCCUUUGGAUCCAGAAUAAUGUAUACAGCUGGUAUGUUACUUCGUUUGCGGUAUUUUAUUUUGUCGUUGCCAUCUCAUAUUGACAAAGAGUUAGUUCCUAAACGAGCAGUAACUUCAAUCCAGUGUGUUAGUAAAUUAGUGGAACAAGCGAAUAUCUUAAAUCCUCAUAAUCAUUAUUUGACAAAGAUGAGAUUAGUUUUACAAUUAUUUAUUCAAACAUAUGCUACUCAGGUACUUGAGUUGUUAAGUAAGAAUGGGAAUACACCGCAAAACUUUAAACCUGAUGAAUCUGAAACUCAACAGUUGCGGGCAUUAGCUCGUGAAUAUAACGAUAUUCGUAAGGUUAGCAAAGUGUCAUUAGUUUCAGAUACAAGAAGUGCAGAGCCAUUGGAUGUGUUGUCAUAUGCAGCAACUUUCAGACGAGAUAACAAUGAUAAAAAUAAUACUCCAGGAUCUCCAAGAAAGUCUUUUUCAGAAAAUGAUCAAACUAUUAAAACGCCCUCACAGUAUGGACAAUUUGCAUCAGCAAAUAAUACACCAGCACCACAAGUGAUCAAUUCUCCCCCCAUUACCCAAACAAAUGUACACAUCCCACAACAAUCACGGUCAAUAACGAAUGGCAAUAAUAGGAAUGGUACUCAAUUAUCUUUUACUAAUACUACUACUCCUUCAUUACAUCAAUUUGGAGAUGUUGUACCGCCUUCAUCGAUGCCCCAACCAGACUAUAGACAAUUUAGAUUACCGUCGAUAUCAAAUACCGUACAUUAUUCUUCCAAUCCAAGAUUAAAUGCCAAUUUAGCCAACCCCGACCAACUAGAGAAUUCAUAUCAAGUAUUAAAUGAUGAAUUUUGGUCGAAUUUGUUGAGUACAGAUUCUACUGAUCGUAUUAAUUUUACAAGUAAUAACUUUAAUGGUAAUAUCGGUAAUGAUGAAGUAUUUUUUAUGAACAAUUGA